UCUUAGCCAGCAACGAUCUUUCAGCGAAGGUCGUGCCUCCACGUAAACGACGGCACUGCCGCCAGCUGGCUCGUUAUCGGGUUCAGAUACGGUCCUACCCCUCUCUCCGAUGUCUCGACCUCGACGCCCACCUUCGUCGUGGAGCGCGCGCGCGCGCGCGCGCGGUGCGGCUGACACAUGUCGAUGUCUCGUUCUAACACGUGCCGGCAGUAUCACACGGUCCUCUUUCCGCGAGGGAUCGAAGACCGAUACUGGCGACGUUUGACGUCGCCACGGGAUCCGCUGGAACGUUCCAGUCAACCCGAGCGCGAACGGUGCGCGAACGCCACCGAGAGGUACCUAUCCUAUCCAUGGUAGGCUUCGUGCCACUUGCCACUUCGCGUAUCAGCUUACGACUGACUGAAAAAGAAAAUCAACAUAUAUUAGAUAGGAACACACAUUUUUAACAUACUUUCACCUCUAGUUCACGCGACUGCGAACCUUCUUGCCUCCUCGGAAGAAGGACGGAAGAGACAAUAGAGAGACUUGCGUCGUCCACUUGCAUCAUUCGCAUUCGCACGCAAUCUACUGUCUACACGAGUCUGAUCGUCGAUCAUUCCGUUGAACGGUGCCGACGCGGCUGCCCGCGAGUGAUCGUUCGCUGGUAAUAGUAGCUGAGAAAUUUCGCUGCACUGACCGACCCGAUGCUCGCUCGGUCGGACAUACCUGUAGCUCCGACUAGCUUGCUGCGCACCUGUCGUCGCUGUUCCUCAGCUCCUAAAAGUCUCCUAAAUGACUCUUCUUUUAUGCGUCGAACGUUUUUUUGCGCAGAGACGUCUCUUCCGUUUGUUCUCGCCUCUGGUCGUUGGUGUGUUAACCUUGCCGCGAGAUAAAAGACAAGAUGCAAAGCAAAACAAUGCAAGAUCUGAACGUUGUCAAACAGUGGGUGGGGAAGCAAUCCGCCGAAGCUAAUGUCAAUUUUGUCGAAAGUUACAUUGAGAGUAAUCUCUCGCUUGGUGUGAAUACAAGCUAAUUCGAUCGAUGUGAUUCAUAAGCGACCCGAUAUUUAAGAAUAUGGCGUUUUUUCAAUCAGCCCUGAAAGCUAGGAAACUCGAAAAAACUAGGCUGAUAUACGAAGACGAGAAAUUGAGAUCGAUCGAAAUCUCCAGAGGUGGCAAGCCGCCUGUCACUUUGAAGCAACGUCUUCGACGCAAGAGAUUAAAAUGCAAAAAGAAGGUUAAAUAUCUUUGGAGCGGAAUAAUUUCCUCCGUAAAAUAUACUUGGACGUACAAGAAGACGAGACUCAUUCGCACCGACGGUUCGCUUGAGAAUUACAUACUAAAGAGCGCGUUUGGCUUUCUCGGCGGUAUCUUUCUCACAUAUAUAUUCUUCAUAUUUCUUGUAUUUCAACUAAAUUUUACCCUCACGUCCGCUACGAUGUUAUGCUCGGUCCUCGGAGUGAUUUUUACGCUUGGACUGGCAUUUUCUUAUCGCGUAAGAUGCGUCGUCUUUCUACUACUGCCGCAGUUCUUUUCUAAACGCGGCAGGCAAGCCUUGAUGGCUUAUGCCUUUAUUUUGACGCUCACCGGGCCGGGAAAGAAUACCCUACACAAUACCAGUGUUCUUUCAGAAUCUUUAGUCUGCGGACAGGGACAAUUGAAGCAAGCUGUAAAGAGCGUGGUCGACCUGAUAAAACAGCCAUUCUACGCUUUGAGGGACGCGAUAUCGAAUGUGAUAAAGACGGUGAAGGUAGUCGUGAGGAAGAUCAAGCGGACUCUCGUGGCUAUCAAACGGCUCGUGCUCAGUGUAUUGAGAGUGAUCACGUCAGUUUUCCAAUGGCUCGGCGGCAUCGUGAAUAUUUGCAACAAGAAGCUAGGCACGCCGUUCGACAGGUGUCAGACAGUCUUCGAAGGUGCAGUGGCCGACUGCACAGCGAAACUCGGCCCCUUUUUCGGAGGGAUUUGCAAUUUAGCGUAUAUCGUUGGUGCUCUGUGUUACAUAGUGAAGCCUCUGGACUUGAUCUGCAUGUUGGUAUCUUACGUAGCCGACACCAUAGUCGACGCUGUGCGCAAAAAAGUUAAAAGGUUCACUCGCCACGUAAAGGCGAUGUUCUAUGUGAAGGUGAAAUUUUCGCACACUUUUCACUUGGAGACCAAUCAGAGUAAAACCAUCGAGGACGUGUCGACCGAUAUAAUCAACGAGGUUCGACUCAGAACCGACAAGUUUUUAGCCGUUUUCGACUGGAUGAGCUUCUUGACGACGUUCUUUAUUUUAUUCAUGCUACUCAGAGUUAUGCGCUACCGAUACAAAUGGCUGACGAACGAACGAUUCGACAAUCGAUAUCUGACCGAUGACUUGCGCACCAUCGAUCUAAUAAGGACGCGUCAGGACAAGGAAACCGUUCUGCCGUUGAACCCUCGCGAGAGAAAUCAAUACAUUUCACUCACGUCCGUCACACUGAUCAAGGCGGAAAGAGCGAAGCUCGUGAAAUCUGCCGUCUUUUUGGCUCUGGCGACAUUGAAAAUUUGCAUCUACAUGUUGGCGGACUAUAGUCUUUAUUGGAUCCUCAGCGCCAUCAGGCAUCACGGACGGAUCGAAACAAAGGUCCAACGACCCAAUUCCGUGGGCGUCUAUGUGUCUGGCAACGGCUAUCUCGCCGACCUCUACACGAGUCUCGCAAGAGCCUUUACGCCGCGUAUCAAGGAUACAGAGAUCGACGUGACGCCCUGCCUUCCAGAUCCUAUACCUCCCGAUUUAGACAGGUAUACGCGUAUCGUGACACUGAUCGCCUUCUGUUGGAUCAUGGCGAUAUUUGAACCUUACGGAUUGAGACUGCGGCACGUCGUUAUGUGCAAAUAUCAUCCGGACAGAGCCAAACAAAGAGCCGCUUGGCUGUACAAUCACAUCAUCAGAUCGAGAGGAAGUUUCCUCAAGUUUGCGCGGCGCCAAUUGCGUCGCAAGUUCAGCAUGGACCAAGAUCGGAGAAUCGAGAGGAUCACAUUCCGAGAGCGGUGCUUGGCGAUUUGCCCGUUUCUAAACAAGUUGUACCCUGAAAAGCAGAACACGUGUCUCCUGUGUGGUGCUGUGGAGCGCUUCGAUCAGGAGCCGCACAUUAAAUGUCCUACUCCCGGCUGCAUCGGUCUCUUUUGCACGCGAUGCUUCGUAGACUUGCAGAAUCUCUGUACGAUUUGUCGAUCGCCCAUCGAAUACGGCGAUUUGUCGGAUAUAAGUGAAGAAAGAGAUUCAUCGGAUUAUCCGUUGAUUACGAAAAGAGAACCGAAGCCAAGAGUCGAACAAGAUGAAUCAGCUGCGGCUGAACAACUACCUGAAGAGAAAAAAGAAGAAGAAGAAGAAGAAGAAGAAUCUAGAUAUAGAUUCGACAGAAUUUUAAAAUCAUUGAUACCUGUGUGCCAAGCUUAUCAAGACGAAUCACUGCGAAAGGUUCAAGUCGAGUGUCACUGCAAACUGCCAUUCAAAGACAUCGAGGCGCAAAAAGUACGAGAAGAUGUUACGAUACAGAUCUUCAACGAUUCACUGGCGAAGGUGAUUACCUCCAGCAGCGACGAUUCGACGUCCCGUUUCGUGGUGACAGCUCGUAGAAGGCUACGUAGUAGCAAGUUGGAGAGGAAAUCCUGCUCUUGUCCGCGCAAGGAGCGCCUCGAUAGUUGGUCCACUUCGAUAGCGGAUACCGAGUCUUGGCCGACCGAGGAGGUGGAUGAGGAAGAAGAAGCGGUUGAGCAUAUCGGGGUGAGGGACGACAGCUCGAAGGAAUUGCUCUUAAAAGACGGCGCUGCUGUCCAAGGAGAGGGAUCAUCGUUCCGCGCAAGAGGAAUCGUUGCUGCACUCGCGAAAAUUCCUUGGUUCCGAAGGAAAAUGGUGCGCGCGCGCGCAGACAAGUGACUCACUUCGUUACU